GGUGGAAAAGUCAAACGUAUCCCUUUAGAAAAAGGUGGCGUAUUUGUUCGGCUUCCGUCGGUCAGCUAGGUGGAAAGCCUAUCCAUCCAGUCGCAGGUCGAGCAGGCAGGGAUUAUUAUUUAGUUGCAGUUCAAACUUUCAUCGCAGUAGGCGCCGAACGGCGUUCGUUUCGUGUUCUUCGUGGCUAACUGAGAUUUGCAGAACCGUUCGUCAAACUGGGGAACUGCAUCGAGAGUGUUGCCGUGCUCCAGUCCAAAUUCUCCAAGCCUGGCCAGAUGACUCCGGUGCUGUAUUUCUUGCCUGCUUCGCCACCAUGUCGAGCGGUCAUGCUUCUGGCCAAGAUGAUCGGAGUAGACCUGGAGUACAAAACGCUGAACGUUAUGGAAGGGGAACAGUUGAGGCCGGAGUUUGUCGAACUGAACCCCCAGCACACGAUUCCGACCUUGGAUGACCACGGCCUGGUGCUGUGGGAAAGCCGCGUCAUCCUCUCCUACCUGGUCUCGGCAUACGGCAAGGACGAAAGCCUCUACCCGAAAGAUUUCCGCUCGCGUGCCAUGGUGGACCAGCGACUGCACUUUGACCUCGGCACCCUCUACCAACGCGUCGUGGACUACUACUUCCCCACCAUCAUGGUAGGCGCCCACCUGGACCAGACCAAGAAGGCCAAACUGGCGGAGGCGCUCGGGUGGUUCGACGCCAUGCUCAAACAGUACCAAUGGGCGGCGGCGAACCACUUCACGAUAGCGGAUGUGACCCUGUGCGUGACCGUCUCGCAGAUAGAGGCCUUCGAGUUCGACCUGCAUCCGUAUCCGAAGGUGCGCGCGUGGCUGGCCAAGUGCAAGGAGGAACUGGAACCGCACGGGUAUAUGGAUAUCAAUCAAACCGGAGCGGAAGCUUUGGCUGGUCUGUUCCGGGCCAAACUCAAGCAAUAGUACUCCGGCCGUCAGUUUCACAACGAUGAUGAUGGGGGCCAAGAGCAACAACCGGACCAACAGCUACCAUGGACGAGCAACGAAGGUGUCAAACGGAGGUGUUGGUGAUGGGCAUCAUAAUUGAUUGAUAUCCGGACCGAUGGAAUUGAACACGCAUAGACAAACGAAGACCGAGCAACAAUAAUGGACCUAGGGAAAGCACCAUAUCAUAUCAACUACAUUCACAAAGGAAACGAGCUGAU